CUUUGACAACUUGGACCGCGGGCGCAUCUAUUACCGCGACCAAAACUAUCUACUUGGCCCUCUCAACUAUUGCUCUUCAGACCAGCCAGAAACAUGGCAGACAGUGACUGGACUUGCGACGCCAAUGAUGCUGUUCACCUUACACUGGUGCAGCCUGGGGCUGAAAAGCCUCAGACCCUGUCGACAUUUCACCCUCAAUUCACAUAUCCAAUUUUCGGUGAUGAAGAGACUAUAUUCGGCUACAAAGGGUUGAUCAUACGCUUGCGCUUCGCGGCGCAUGAUCUGCGCCCCCAUGUCCAUAUCUCGUAUGAUGAGAAGUUCAAAGCGGUCGCCGACGCAGCUCCAGUAGACCUUAACAAGACGUUGAAAGAUUGGAUCCCAGAAUCUGCCUUCACGAGCCUCUCUGACUACGAAAAGGCUAUCCAAAAUGAUGAGAAUGCAAAAGACUUUAUACCUCCAGGGAAGCUCGUUCACAGUUACAUCACCAAGGGCAGGAACUACGAGAUUUGGUCUGGAUCGCUUGCGGAUCCUGCCGUGCGCGCACUUCUCGCACGCGCGCAGGUCUUUGUAUCCUUUUUCAUCGAAGCAGGCACACCUCUUGAGCUAGACGACCCGGAAUGGACUCUGGAAAGAUGGACUGUUUAUUUCAUAUAUGAGAAAGUCACUCCUCCAACACCUAGCGCCUCUCAGUACUCAGUAGUUGGAUAUGCGACUACGUAUCGAUGGUGGUUCUACAAGAGGGAUCCUCUGGAGCAACCGACUACGAAGAAUGAUCCAUUCCCUCUCCCCGAAGUCAGCGUCUCACAGUUGCCAUCUCGACUACGGAUUGCUCAAUUCCUUAUCCUUCCGCCUCAUCAGUCAUCCGGCCACGGAACUCAUCUCUACACUACAAUCCACAAUGCGUGCUUCGACGAUCCGACGGUGGAGGAGCUGACAGUGGAAGACCCGAACGAGGCUUUUGAUGCACUUCGGGAUACCGUUGACUACCACAUCCUGCGUCCCGAAUUCAUCAAACAUAAGGUCAACAUCAACCCUAACCCAUACGGACUCGAGAAAAUCAAGAAACGACCCCGUAUCGUUCCCACAGCUGCCAUAAUCCCCACCAAGCUUCUUCACGAUAUCCGUGCGUCGUACAAAAUCGCCUCUACGCAGUUUGCCCACAUCAUGGAGAUGUUCUUGCUCGGCCAGAUUCCCAUCAAGCACCGCACCGCCGGCGGCGCCAACAUCACGCGCCUUCUAGUCAAGAAGCACAACGCAGAGGACGAGAAUGACCGACGAUACUACUGGUGGCGGAUGCUGGUUAAACAGCGCCUGUACAAACGUUCCCGGGACGUGCUCAUCCAACUCGACCUCAGCGACCGCAUUCAGAAGCUCGAAGAAACCGUAACAAACGUCGAGGAGGGCUACGAAAGUCUCCUAAAGGCCUUUAACGCACGUGAGGAGAGCCUACAGGCACGAAAAGAGGAAGCGAAGGAAUUGCUCGAAGCUAGAGAAGCUGCCGGUGAAGGUUCAGCCAACGGCAGUUCAUCACGGUCGAAGCGCAAAUACACCGUCAUCGAAGACGAGGAAGAUGAUGAUGAAGAGGGAGCAAAACGAGCUAAGGUGUAAGCUACAUUGCAUGCAUGCUGAUAAUGAAUCUUUUAUUAUUUAUUUUCCCUUUCCCCUUCACAUGGCUGUUUUAACUUAACUACCUCAUAUCACAUUGUCUCUGGUUGAAUGGAAAACGUUCAUAUUUCUAUUCAGUAUCGAAAUGAAUGGUCUUUCCUGAGUACUAGCAAGGCUCUUUUAUACUUGGGCAAUCAUGAUUCGAGAAAUGAAGAGGAAUCAUUAACGAUGUAGUAACCGUUCUUCUAUUCAAUCUAGACAGGAUCGCAUUAUU